AUGCCUGCACCUGGUGAUCAGUGGAAGGACCACAAGUUCACUAAUCCGUACGAGGAGCAAAAGGACCACAUCAAUGAAUACACGGCACAGGAGAUAGCUACGCUGCAGAGUCGUCUCGACAAGCAGCUUGGUCCCGAAUACAUCUCGACACGUCCUGGAAACGGAGGAGGCAAAGUCCACUAUCUUGCUGCAGAAAAGGUCAUCAAUCUUGCCAACGAGGUCUUCGGUUUCAAUGGCUGGAGCAGUGCUAUUCGAGAUGUCCAAAUCGACUUUUGCGACGAGAGUCCAACAACAGGAAAGAUCAACUUAGGACUGUCUACAAUUGUGCGCGUCUCUUUGAGAGAUGGCACAUUCCACGAGGACAUCGGAUAUGGCCACAUCGAGAACUGUAAAGGCAAAGCAGCCGCCUUCGAGAAAGCGAAGAAAGAAGCUACAACCGACGCCUUGAAAAGAGCAUUGCGCAACUUCGGCAACGUGCUGGGCAACUGUCUAUACGACAAGGACUACCUCCAGAGAGUGACAAAGGUCAGGAUUGCGCCAUCUAAAUGGGAUGCCGAGAAUCUACAUCGUCACCCAGACUACGCCCCCAUCAAGAAAGAAGCCAUUGCCGGCCCCUCUGCACCUACAACCAUUGCUUCGAACCCGCCGGCACGCAUGCCUAGCGCCCAGUCGAACACAUCGGAAUUUGAAGACGAGUUUGGAGGAAAUCUGUUUGACGAGGUGGAUUUCAGCCACCCUGAUGAGGUUCGCUUGGACAAUUCCAUUACCGAAGUCUCUGUCGAGACGCCCGUCCGACCUCCUGCCAACUCUGUUUCAGCACAAGCCAUGAAUCGCCAACAACCGAACCGAGUAGCAUCCAUGCCCAAUGUACGACAGUUCUCUGGCGGUCCUCAGCAGAACGGUCAACAGAACGGGCAGCAAGCUCGUCCCCAAGUACCUUCCCAGACUUUCAAGAACACAAACGGCAUGAACAACCAACCACCCAACCGCAUGAUGGGUCCUCCUCACCAAGCAAGCAAUCAGAAUGGCUUUCGCUCAAAUCCUUCGUCCGCCUCAGAAUCGACAACCACCAAUGGUAGACAAAUCACACCUCCCGAAUCAGUGAUUACGCCCUCCCAGGUGCCGUCCCAUGUGCCAUCUGGUUUCGUUUCAGGUGCUGCUGCUUCUGCUCUGGUCCAACCUCCGGAGUCCGGCGCCGUUCCUCCAAUCAAACUUUUCGACCCCCAUCACGAAAGUCCCUCGAUUAGACGAACACAAGGAGUCGAUCUUCGCAAGUCUGCGCCUAUUAAGCGCUCCGAAGUCGGCGCUCCCACUGUACCAAUACCAAAUCCGAAACCGAUGAUGAACGGAGGAGCACCCGCCAACAGAUCGAAUUUCGUCAACCCAGCCAUGGAUGCUGGUCGACGUAUCGGUAUGCCUGGAAUGCAGCAAAGUCCGUUGGCAAAUAGAAGUGCCUACAAGCCUCCUGCUAUGAAGAGACCGUUGCCUGCAGAAGCCCCUGUUGGCAGACCACCACUUGCCGACAUGAGUAAUGUUCAGCAAACUGACGGAGCUAGCGACCCCAAGAAGCUGAAGAUGGAUGCCGUGCAAGAGCCACCAAAUCCGGCUAGCGGAGAGACUGGAGCCGCGGCUUGA